AUGUAUGGAAAUUGUAAAAAGAAACGGGAAACCUGCACUUUUCUACAUUCUAUCGACUUUGCUCUCGAUGUACAUCGGACGCGGCAGGAGAAAAUCAGAGAAAAACGAAGGAAAAGGUAGGGAAGUUGUCACUUGAGGGGCCACUUUGAAUACUGUAAGAGUUCACUAAAGUGGUAUUUUUGAACUUAAAAUAGAAAAAAUGGCGUAUUUUGUUUAUUCGGAAGAUUUUCGGGGAAGUGGGUCGUGUACUCUUCAAGUGACGACUUGAGGGAUUUCUUCUGAUCCAGAUCCUUGAAGUGGUCACUUGGGAGAACAUUUCAAGGGGUCACUUAACGGGUAUUUGAAUAGGAUGGCUUGUUUGAGUUCGAAAGAUUUUAUUGAUUUUUACGAGGCUGAGGAGUAUCUUCUUAAGAGACUACUUUUGGUCCAGACCCCUGAAGUGGCCACUUGAGAUUUUCAAAUAUUUCAAAAGGCCACUUGAAAGAAGACGGUGUUUUCGAAUUGAUCAAAAAAACUCACGCCGAUUUAUUGGAUCUUAAUAAUUUGAAAAUCUGAAAAAUUUUCCUCUUCAGGGACUACUUCAAACAGAAUCUCUUAAGUGGCCACAUUAAAUGGGUUCUUAAGAAAACGGCUUUUUUUUUUUACAUGAACUUGAAUAAUUUUGGUCGAAUGAUACAAUUUUUACAACUUGAAAAAGCUGAAGAGUAUCCCUCUUAAGGGACCACUUCAAACAAAAUCUCUUAAGUGGCCCCUUGAGAUAUAAAAAUGCGCCGAGAGUCAUUCGAUGGACUUCGAUAGGCGUUUUUUCACGCUAAUUAAAUAAAUUCACGUCGAUUUAUUUGAUUUUAAAGAGGCUAAGAAAUGUAGAGGGACCCUUGAGGGGCCACUCCGAACGAUAAUCUUUAAGUGGCCGCUCACGUUAAUUAAAGAAAUCCACGUCGUUUUAUUCUAUUUUAACAACCUAUAAAACAGAAAUACCCCUCUUAAGGGGCCACUCCGAACAAUAAUCUCUUAAAGGACUACUUGAGAUACAAGAAUGCGUCAAGAGGUCACUUCAUGAGUUUGAAUAAGGCUUUUUCACGUUUAUUAAUAAUGUUCACGUAAAUUUAUUCGAUUUUAAAAAAGCUGAGAAAUGUUCCCCUUGAGGGACUACUUCAAACAAAAAUCCCUUAAAUGGCCCCUUGAUUUUCCUCGAUUCAUUUCGUUGACUUCUUCCAGAAAUCGAAAAGGCGAAGUGGUCACUGAGGUGAAGAAGGAGGAAGAGCCACGGGUUUAUUUUCAAGAAUUGGUGGGUAAAUUUGAAAAAAAUGAAACUUGAAUUUUUUUAAGCUCUCAAGAUCUGAGUAUAAUGUGAUUAUUCCAAUAGAUGCAGAAAAACGCCAGAUUUUUAAUUUCAGACCUCUGAGAUCAUAAGCGCGAUGAACGAGGAGCUCAAGCUGAAAAAGACAGGUUUUCAGCCAAGAAAAAAACUUUUUAUAAAUAAUUUUUCUCGUUGCGGCAUUUGCAGUUCUUGUGCGCAGCGGUUGCGAUGCGUUUUGGCGCCAAUUUAAAAAUUAUCGCAUUUUUCAAGCUCUUGUAUAAUUUAUCAUGCUGAUGAGGGUGGGCCAGUCGUCCAAAUUUUCAAAAUACGAGCUCCCAAGAUUGGUGUGUGCACGAUUCACGCUCACGAAUAUCCGCGGACCACGGCGUUUUUUUGGCGACUUUCCGUAAAGUGUAGUGUGUCGUGUGCAUACACUGCGGCGCUUUGGCACACGCCGAGUCCAACGUUUUUUUUUUCGCGAACUGAAAUUCAGUUAUAUUUUUCACUCUCUGGUGGCUGUUUUGAAUUCUGCGGAAUCACUUUUAACACGGCAUGUGUUUUAAAACAAAAAAAAAAACAGAAAAAUCGCGUUUAAAAAAAAAUGAGAAAUAGGUUCGUCUCGGGAUUCAUUGUCUUUAAUAUUUCCUGUUUUUUACGCGUUUUUCCCAUGACGUCACAUGGGAAAAGAUUUCGACCACGCCCCCUUAAUUUUUGGUUUGGCAUUUUGCAUCGCCGUGGGACCCAAAAAAUUCCUUCCUAGGAUGGUCCAUCAAAAUCAAAAUCAAAAAAAUGUGACAAUUUUUAAUUGACAUUUGACAUUGAAAACAGUGAGCUGUAAAUGCCGCGGCCAGAAAAUAAGGAAAAUGAAUUUUCGAAAUCCAAUUCAAGGAUGUCAUCGGGCCGGUGUCGACGCGUUCAUGACGGGUUUCGCCGUUUUAUUCCAGCAAAGGAUGGAUAUUAUCCGGACUGAUUCGAUGAAUCCCGAGGUUUUGUCUGGAAAACCGUGAAAAUUCAAAUCUCAAGAAAAAAAAAUUUUCAGCUUUUCAAACUUUUUGCUGUUUCUAUGUUUGAAAAUCAAAAAGUAACUGAGAAAAAACAGCCGUAUGAUAAGCUCUACAAAUGUGCCCCAUAGAAAAAGUGUUAAAUUUGAGGAUUUUUCAAGAAAUCGUCACGAUUACAAGUCUUUCUAAGGGAACACUAGAAAGGCGUUAGCGUCACUUAAGGGAUCACUAAAUGGUUCGCAAUCCUUCAGAGUUCAAAGAUCCAAAAAUUGAGGCUUUCACGAGCAAAGAUCAGGAAAAUUCCUUAUUUUCUCAGUCCCUUCUCGUGUCACAUAGUUUUUAUUUCGAAUAUGACCAUUUUAAUGCUCAUUUUCGUUCAGUAUAUCCGACGCGCGGGAUGAAUGUUUAAUGAAUAGCCAGUCAAGAACCAAUAAAAUGAGCAAAGUGAUGAAUUAUGAAGGUCUUCUGCAGGCAUGAAGAUCAAAAAACGAGGUCUUUAAGUGAAGAGCUUGAUUUUUAGAAAGUUGAGAUGUUUUUGAGACCGUUUAUUGUAGUUUUUUGAAGCUGGAAGUGCAAUAAAGUUUGAAUUUUUCGAAAUUUUUUUUAUAUCCAUUUUUCAAUUUUUUUGACUUUCAGUCUAUUUAUGGAAUCUUAAAAAGCACCAUAAACUGAUUUUCUCCACUUUAGUAGUAACUUUGAGGUCUUAAAAAUUGACCUGAUUUUGUCUGGGUUGGGUCGGAAAAAGUAGGCUUUGAAACACGUCUCAUCCAAAUUUUAGCACUUUAUCUUGUCUUGCUUUUUUGAACCGUCCUUAUGAGCAGAAGUGUCAGAAUUUGGGAUUCCUUGACUUUUUGGAGGGUUUUUUGGGGUUUCAAUAUUUGAUGUAAGCUUCUGGUUUUCAAAUCUCCUAAAAAAUCAUUUUUGAAAUUGGUUUUUCGUGCCUUUUCUGGAGGUUUCAGUAUUUGAUGUAAGGUUCUAGCUAUAAAAACCUCAAAAAUUCAGUUCUUCAAGCAGUUUAUACCAAAAACUCUAUUUAAAAAAAUCGGGUUUUCGUGCCGAUUUUUUUGAGUUCUUAAAUUGCAAAAGGGAGCUUUUUAUUUCUGAAGUAACUGUUCCUCAACCGAUUUUUUUGCCAGAAAGUUCUCUCAGAAAUAUGUUUUCGGGUUUUUUGGAGGGGGGUUUUGAAUAUUUGAAUAUUUGAAUAUUUAUUUCACUCCAAUACAUAAAAUAACAUGAGCUACAAAGAAAGAGGCAAAGUUCGAGCAAGAAUUGUAUGGGAGUAAAAUGAGCACCGGUUUUAAUACGCCCUCACGAGCGAAUUUACCGGUAUAGGGAACAGAACACGUAGAAGGAUUUUUGAUCACAGUAGACGUAAGGGAAUGUUGGAAAAGAGUUCUUCGUUGCUAAGCGAGUCGAGAAACUUUCUGAAACGGGUGGUAGACGUGUUAGGGUUGAAUCUUGAGCAGAGUCUAUUCCAAAGAGGAAUGACAGUGCUAAAAAAAACUAUUAAAUCUGGAACCAGUCUGAAUCAAACGAAAAGGAUACCGAGGUGAACGACUUCUACUGAAAAACUUUUCUGCACUAGGAAAGUGGUAAAUGCCCAGGACGAUUUUUUGAAGCGUUACUAGAGCAAUAGAAGUUCUCCUACGGAAAACGUGAGUAGAACCGAGUACAUCAAGGCGAUGGGAGUAUGUGUCAAAGGAUUUAUUACGUCUCAUGAAGACUUGCCUAGUAUAAUGACGGUAAGGUUUUUCAAGUAGCACGGACAGUUCUGAAUUUAUAGGCGGUGAGAAUAUUUCAGAGCAAUAGUCAAGAUAGGGUCUAGCGUACAUGUUGAAUAGUAAAUUAUACUGCUGGAUGUUCAAGUGACCAAAAGCUUUGAGCAGCUGUUUAGAUUUGAGAGUGGCAAUGUUGACUACAUGACAUUGACUACAUGACUACAUGAAUACAUUAUUUGAUGUAAGGUUCUAGCUAUAAAAUCCUCAAAAUUCGAUUUCCUUAACCAAUUUCUACCAAAAAACCCAUUAAGAAACUAGAUUUUUGUGCCGAUUUUUGAAUUUUUCAAUUCUACACGUAAGCUUCUAAAAACGAAUUUUCAGUUCCUGAACCGAUUGCCGCUUUUCGGGAAGGAUCAUCCGAUGACCUUCCGAAAAUCGCUGAGCAAACCCGACUGCAGCCCCGACCACGUCGCCGAGUUCGCCAAAAUCCAAGCCGAUCGCCAAAAAGUCCUCGCGAAACAGAGAAAAUAA